UUUGUGGUGAUGUUAUCUUGGCUUCACUGGAUACCAGAGGCUAGUUGGUUGGUUGACCUUUUGCUGGCCCAGAUUUGUGAAGUUGUUCAUUAGUGUUUUUGUUAAUGAAAACUAAAUUAAAACACAAUUUUUUUUUUUUUCAAAGAAAACUUUCUGGCUCUCUGGUCAGUGUAAAGCUGACCUGUUCCUCCUUGGUGUGUGGGUUCUCUGUGCUUUAUUCUUUAUUUAGCCUACUGCUUGUGUUGGAUUUCGGAAUGUAUGUCAGGAGUAGCCAUGACUGUGCAUAUGAGGUGGGAGAUCAGUGUCAGUUUCCAACAAGGGCUCUAUAUUUAGCUGGUGAGGGGACGGGCUGACCUAGUCUGUCUGCAACACGCAAAGACCCACUCCUCUGGACCUCAACUAUUUUACCUCCUGGCUCUUCCCUCUGCAUUGGUGUGUUUGUAAUAAUGACGAGUAGCACCAUGACACACGGAGGUGACAUGGAGAUUGGCUCUGCUGCACGGAAAUCUGUCGGCUAAGGCCUAAUGAGAAAAAAAGCUUUGUGGUUCGUUGAGUGGUCAGAGGGGACUAUGUGUCAGUUGGAGGAGCCAGAGGCCUUACAGGGUCUGGACAGUCCUGAUCCCCUGGUGAGAGAAGCAUUUCUGAUGGCCCAUGAUUACAUCAACUAUAUUACCACAGGGGGAGCAGAUGGGAGCAUGGGUCAUGCCCCUACUGCCUGCACCUCAGCCUUGCGCCAUGCAGGGGACGAGCUCCUCAACCGUUUCCCCAUCUUCUUCAGACGCUGGCCUCGUGUUUUCCAGGAUGUGACGGAGAAAACCGCCUGCCCUAUGCUAAUGAGCAUCCUUGAUGAGAACUUCUUUCUGCCUGUCCCUGUGGGGCGCCGCAGGGACCUGGCCUGGAGCGCUGUGUUGUCAGUGUAUGUGCUGGCUGGCCAGAUGGCUCUGCAUUGCCAUGAGAGGGGCAUGUUGGGGGUCUUGCCGCAGCUGAAGGACUGUGUGGGCGCUUACGUACAGAGGGUCAUCUGCCCUGACAUACAAGACAGGGGAGGAUGGAGUGGCUUCGUGUCACGCUUUGGGGAGAAGCAGCGCUUGGAGGGUCAGGUGAAGAGUGUGUGCUGCUGGACAUUGCUGGCACUGGCCACAAGCAUCAUCACCUACCUGCUGUGGAAAAGAAUGGCUUAACCAGCACUGCCCCCUACUGAUCACCAUCAGGAAGUGCUACAUCACUGUCCUCUGGGAGCGUUGUAGUUUCUUUAAAAUGUACAGAAACCUUAUUCAGGUAACAAACAUAUCGUUGUGUAACACAAGUAGUAUAAGCCAUUCCGACAGUCACAUGCCAGCUUAUCGUGUUUAGUCAGCAAUUUGUUGACUUUGAUUAUGCAUCACCCAUCGCCGUUGUCAAAGUCUAGUUAUUGAGGUUGGAUUUAUGGUUUGGGUUUGUUGACUACUUUGGAAAUGGCACCCUGCAUUUCCAGACUAAAGUUCUGAGAACUACUGAAGUAAAGUUAAGCCUUUAAGAGGCACAGUACACGCUCAAGUAAACAUAUCUGGGCAAUAGUACUUUAACUGCUUCCAUCUUUAUGUAACCAUGCAUCUGCCAAUCAUCUAAACCUGUACAUGAUAAUUAGGUUUGUAUUGGAAUG